ACAGAUGAAAGGACUUACCUCUUACUUCUGGAAAACACUGCUGCGUGGACAAUUGAGAAGGUGCUGCCAUUCUUAAUAAAUCCAAUAUGUGAAGAUGAAGCAUCAGAACAGAAGACUCUGGUUGCAAAACAGGCUGUUGAAGCAUGUCUGGCCGUUUGCAAAGAUGUGAUUAUGGUUGGCCUUGCUGACCCAGAGUUUCAAGGACAGAUUCUACGGUUUUCCCUGUCUGUGCUGCAAGCGGAGAGGGGAUACAUGUGUGUGCCGUUGCUCCUUUCUGUCCUCAAGGAGAUUACUGAGAACUGCCUGGCCCUGACUGUUCAAAACCAAAACGAGGACCUGCUGGUUCUCCUUAACAUCGCCCAGAAUGUCUUCCAAAAAAUCCUUGAAACAGCUGCGCGCAGACUGAGGAAGCAGCGUGAAGAGGCCUUGCAGUUGCUCCAUUCUGCUCACGUGAUGCUUGCAGAUUUCAUUAAUGUCGUUCAGGACUGGCAUGCUGCUAAUGUGUUGAUACUUCAUGGUGUGUUCUCAACCAUUCUUGCUGCAGUACUUGUGGAGUUAAGCAAUUACUUGCAGAAGAUUUCGCAUGCGGAGGAGCUAACCCCUCCUGAGACAGUUCAAGACCUGCCUCCACUUUCAAGCACAUUACUUGCAAUUAUUAUGAAAUCUCCAAGUCUGAUCAGGUCAUUUCUUUGUGAGUUAAAUGAGUCUGUUGAUUCUGAAGCAGUGGAAGGUGUUGUUGGAUUGACUGCAGUCCUAUGCAUCUUAACAGUGGUCAGGCAGGGUAAAUGUAAAGGAUCUGAAAUUAAGAGUUCUGCAGCCUCAGUUCAUAUCAAACUGCAGAAGUAUUAUGAAGUUAUGGCCGAAGCAAGUGAUAAUAUUGAAAGAGCAAUAUAUGAAUCGGCUCUUAAGAUUGGAAAUGACAUCUUGCAGCCAUGAUGUGAUUUGUGUGCAUGAUUUUGGAUUUAUGUUUAAGAAAAUGUUUCAUGUAUGUAAUCAGAAAACAACCAGAUAGAUUUUACUAUGAAAUAAGCAUUAUUCUACAUGGUUGAUGUAUAAUGAUUAAAGGAAUAAUGCUAAUUCAUAUAUAUAAAAAUAUACGUCUGUAUACUUAGAAAAAGAAAGUGAUAUUGCCAUACCA